AUGGAACAUGAAAUAGUGGAAUGGUCUGCAGCUCAAGGAUGGCUCGCUCUUGCUUCAUUUGGCAGCAAUGUUGCGCAAAUCAACUUCUUCACGCAUGCGGGCACAAAAACCGAAGGAGUUCCGUUGGCGAGAAGUUGUCGAGCGACGAGUAUAGAAUGGCAUCCAAAUGAAGUGUUGAUUGCUGUUGGAUGGGUCGAUGGAGCGCUCACUCUUUCAACGCCAACUCGAAAUCCUGAAGAAACGCUAAAUGAUCUCGAGAUGGGAGAAAUUACAAAAAUGAAAUGGAGUUCGGAUGGAUUAGCACUUUGUGUCGGAGAUCAAGCUGGUCGAUUGGUCGUUCUCGGUAUCACUAUUCUACACACUGAGCUUAAAACUAAACGCCUUUUUGAUACGGAACUUGGAAGCCAAAUCCAUGCAAUUUGCUACAGAGCCAUAUCUGGUAGUGGAGCUGCACCCGAAAACCCAUCACAAUCCCCGAGACAAGAAGUCGAACUUCAAGAAGAUGAUCUUGAAACGUCGACUCCACCCGCUAGAAAAAAUGGUUUUCGUAAUCUUACUUUCACUGGCAGCAGUGCUUGGAUAGGAGUUUUCUUCAUCGGAACGAACAAAGGAGAAAUCGAAGCUUUGGUUUCUGGAUCAAAUAUGAUUCGAACAUUUUCAAUCAGCUCUCCCGUUGCUCAACUUCAUUUAAUCGAAACAAAAUCAAUGCUGAUAGCACUUGGAGGAGAUAUGAUGAUUUGGCAUAUACUUAUUGCUUCUGACAAUACCGGCGCAGAAAAGAUUAAGGUGAAGCUCCCGGGGCGUUUAUCGACUUUUUCAAUGGUCGUCGCUGAGCCUGGUUUGCUCUUUAUGGCUUCUGCCGAGAAAGAGAUACGUGUUUGGGAUAUCAUUUCUGAAGAGAAUUACACUCUUCCACUUCAACAACAAUGUGGUUUCGAGGCAACUGAUAUUGCUAACUGUAUCACGUAUUCAAAGAAAAAGGGAAUGAUAUCGGCGGGUACUCAAGAAGGAAAAGUGGCAACUUGGAGAAGGAGAGGCGGCUCGUACACUGGGGCAAACGCUUGGAAAUUGCAUGGAGCCGUUUUUAUCGGAUCUCGGAUAGUUGAUCUUAAAUGGUCACCAACAUCUGCAGCACUGGCUGUGAAUACCGGAUUUGAUAUCACAAUUCUCCAAGAAGACAAUAUUGUCGUCCAUUUUCAUAAUAAGAUAGCCGGCGUACAAAUGGGUCAAAAUCACUUCACCUUGGUGAACACAAUCACCGGAGUUUCGCAAGAUCUCAAGUUAGCCUUUUUGGCUAAAGGAAUUCAUAUUGCCGACAAGCAACUUGUUGUGUGGAGCGAUGAUACUGUUACAACAUAUGAUGUCCAGACUUCGUUGGCUACUUUCCAAGCAACAUCUUUCCAAUGUUCACCUCAAAUUGUUGCUCUCUCGACCCAAUCGUUAUAUUGUUUGGAAAAUGAUAAAAUAAACGUGCGCACUCUACAGGGAACACUGAAACAAGUGAUUUCGUUACCCGAAAUGGAGGGUGAACCAAUGUGUAUGGAUGUGAAUGGACAGUGGAUGGCGGUUGGCUCGAGCAAUGGAUUCGUGAGAAUCUAUGAUCUGCGUGGAAGAGAUGCUAAGCAAGAAUAUCAUGCGAAGUAUGUGGUUGAAAGUAUCGCUGAAUUCUUCAAAUUCAUUGGUAUUAAGCUGAAUGCAACUGGGACAAAAGUUGCGUGCACUUUUCUAGAAAAAAUGAAUGAGCAAUCGGAUAAAGUGUUAAUCUGGGAUGCUGAGGCUGACAAUGUUGGAUACUUUUCAUUUAACAAGGGAAUGACUGAUCAACAAGAAUAUGAAGCCGAAGCUGAGGCAAGUCUUGCUGCGGGAAGACCUCAAACGGCAGCCGUCAGAAAACUUGAAAGAGAGCAAACUCGUUUCCGAAUGCCUUACCAUAAACCAGGACAAUUUCAUUGGGAUGCAAUCGAUCCUCGCUUUCUCGUAUUUGAGGCAAUUUAUCAAAACCCGGAAAUUGGAGACAAUUUGAUUGUUUCAAUGUUUGCCACUUCUGAGCAUGGCAUUCAACUUCACGAUAUUCAACCACGCAGUGCUCAAUGUGAUUCUCUGAUUGGAGUUCAAGUCCCACAUCUUUUCUUUAUUAAAAAGAGUGAAUACGAAGAAGAGGAGGUUCGCCAUGAGCGCACAAUUGGACGUCUUUUGAUUGCCCGCACAAUGAGAGAAUUUGCAGGCCUGGAACACUCUGAUGAAGCGACUCGAAAGGCUUUACUCGACUUUUGCUUUUAUUUAACAAUCGGUCAAAUGGAUGAUGCAUUCAAGUCGAUCAAAUUCAUAAAGAGUGAAUCGGUGUGGGAACACAUGGCUGCAAUGAGUGUGAAAACGAGAAGACUCGAUGUCGCUUCACUUUGUUUGGGACAUAUGGGAUUGGCACGAGCUGCUCGGGCUUUGAGACGUUCACAGCGACAGGGCGAUGUAACGGAAGUUCAAUGUGCCACUCUGGCCAUUCAAUUGGGAAUGCUAGAUGAAGCGCAAGCUCUUUACACAGUUGCUGGCCGAUACGAUUUGGUGAACAAAAUGCUACAAGCGCAGAAUGCGUGGACACCGGCAUUUGAUGUGGCUGAAAAACAUGACCGUAUCCAUAUACGAAACACUCAUUACAACUAUGGAACCUAUUUGGAAUCGGUUGGAGCGAUUGAGCCGGCCGUUGAUCAUUUCGAAAAAUCAGGCACUCAUCAUUUUGAGGUGCCGAGAAUGUUCACCGAUAAUCCAAAGAUUUUGGAAAAUUAUGUUCGAAGAAAACGAGAUCCGGAAUUGCAAAGAUGGUGGGCCCGUUAUUUGGAGAGUAUUGGAGAACUUGAAGGAGCGCUGAACUUUUAUGCAGUGGCAACAGAUCAUCUCUCGGUCGUUCGAAUCAAAUGUCUUCAAGGACGACUCGAAGAAGCAGCAAAGGUGGCCAGUGAAUCGGGCGAUCAAGCAGCUUGCUAUCAUUUGGGAAGAAAUUAUGAAGCUCAUGGACAAUUUGAUGAAGCUGUCGAUUUUUAUGGCAAAGCACACGCCUUCAGUAGUGCUAUUCGGCUGGCUCGGGAACACGACAUGCGUGAUAGACUUGCGAAUCUUUCUUUAAUGGCUGGAGGGAGUGAUCUCAUUGAGACGGCUAAAUAUUACGAAGAUUUACCAGGGCACGCUCAUCGAGCAGUUAUGCUUUAUCACAAAGCAAAAAUGAUCGGCCGAGCACUUGACCUUGCUUUUCGCACUGAGCAAUUCUCGGCUCUCGAUCUCAUCGCUAAGGAUUUGACCCCUGAAACUGACUCAAACACUCUAAAACGAGCAGCCGAGUUCUUUGCGAGCAAUCAAAACUUCGAGAAAGCCGUCGAACUACUUUGUUUUGCAAAAGAUUUUUCGGCGGCCAUCGAGAUGUGCAUGCGUAGAAAUGUGCGAAUGAGUGAGCGUCUCGCCGAAUUGCUCACUCCGACAAAAGAGUCCACACCUGAGCCUCAACUUCGCAAAAAAUUGCUAGAGGAUGUGGCCGAAUUGUGUCUCCGACAGGGAUCCUAUGCGUUUGCGGCCAAAAAAUAUACACAAGCCGGUGACAAAGAAAGUGCAAUGCGGGCUUUGAUCAAAUCGGGAGACACAGCGAAGAUUCGCUUCUUCGCCACAACAGCUCGCUCAAAAGCCAUUUACAUUUUGGCUGCUAAUUUUCUACAGACUACCGAUUGGAGAGGAGAUGCAGAAGUGAUGCGUGAAAUUGAGAUCUUUUAUGGAAAAGCGCAAUCACAAGAGCAUCUCGCUAAUUUCUACAUUGCUUGCGCUCAAAUGGAAAUCGAGGACUAUCGCGAUUUUGCUAAAGCAGCCGAUGCUUUGGGAGAGGCGGAGAAGAGUGUGACGAAAGGACUCGAAAAAGCACCAAAUGCGGCACUCAACGAACUCCAAUCAACCACUCAUCGCUUUCAAAAACAACUCGAGAAAUUUCAAACGAUCAAAGGUGUUUACGAAUCAGAUCCAACAGAUGCCGUUCGUCAAUUAACAACACUGGCUGAAGAAGCAAAUGAAGAUGAUCUCAUUCGGCCAUCACAUAUAUUCUCUCUUCUCAUUGGACAUCAUGCGGGGAAACAGAAUUGGAAUGCGGCUCAUCGUUGCAUUUUGCAACUGAAGAAGCAACAACCGAAUGUCGAUUUGUCGACGGUGGUUCCUGUUGAUGUACUUGAUAAAGUAUGUGAUGAGAUGGGCGCUGAAAGGGUAACGGGUAAGGCAGCUCCGACAGGCGCCGAAUCUGAUGAUGAGGCUGAACAGAUCGAUUUCUCGCAUGCUCUUCAACGACAGACACGC